AUCACGAAUUAGAGAUUACUCAUCAUCAGCUUCUGGUUUGUCAGAGAGGGGUUUUUGUUAGGGUUUUUCAGUCACCACUUCAUUUUCACUACUCACUUAACAAGAGGAAUGGCAUCUCUAAUGGCGAUUCGACGCUCACGCAACUCGAAAACGUUUUCUUUAUCGUCUUCUCUUUUGCUCUUAAAGGUACAGUCUUCACAACGCUUUGAUUUCAAUUGCAAUUACAACACCAGUAGGAUCUUAAUUCUCUCAAAAGCCCUUAGCUCCUCUUCAGCUAUUCCUAAUGACUAUCAAAGACCCAAUCUUUCUAAUUACCCAGAUGACAGAAACCCCAAUCAUAAUCAGUGGAAUCAGGGCGGUUCACCAAAUCAGGUAAACCCUAAUCAAUGGAAUGCACAACCCCAUCAACAACAUUCUCAACAUAUAAACCCUAAUAACAAUCAGUUCAAUUAUCAAAGUUCGAAUCAGACCAACCCCAGUAGGGGUUACCCUAAUCCAUUUCCUCAACAACAACCACAGCAAAACCACCACAAUCAAUGGAAUUCUCAAGGUCAAAAUUUCUCUCAGUAUCAAAAUCAGUCUCAGAUGAAUCCUAAUGCUAAUAAGUGGAGUUCACCGUCUCAGAAUUUUCCUAAUCAUCAGAAUCGACCACAACAAAACCCUAAUCAGUGGAAUUCCCCGCCUCAAAAUUUUCCCCAACACCAAAAUCCCAGCCAGGUGCAUCCUAAUGUCCAGGGUUAUCAGCAACCUGGAAAUGCAAGUCAAUGGAACAAUCAAACUCAGGGAUACCCCCAAGCUAGAAACCCUGGUCAGUGGGCUCCCCAGGUUCCGAAUUUUAAUCAAGGACAUGGGGCAUCGGAGACUCAAUCUCCAAACGUGAAUGUUGAAGCUAAUCUUCCUGCUCCAGCUCCUACAGCAGCAGAUUUAAUGCGUUUGUUCCAGGAGGGGAAGGUUAAAGAAGCAAUUGAGUUAAUGGAUAAAGGGGUUAAAGCUGAUGCUGAUUGUUUUUAUGCCUUGUUUGAAUUGUGUGGGAAAAUUGAGGAUGCGAAAAAGGUACAUGAUUACUUUCUGCAGUCAACAUGUAGAGGUGAUGUUAGGCUGAACAAAAAGGUGAUUGAAAUGUAUGGGAAAUGUGGUAGUAUGACUGAUGCUAGGAGAGUUUUUGAUCAUAUGAAAGAUAGGGAUAUAGAUUUGUGGCAUUUGAUGAUAAAUGGAUAUGCAAGCAAUAACUUAGGAGAUGAGGGGUUGCAAUUGUUUGAGCAGAUGAGGCAAUCUGGGUUGAAACCCACUGCAGAAACUUUCCUUGCAGUUCUAUCUGCUUGUGCCAGUGCAGAGGCAGUCGAGGAAGGGUUUUUACAUUUUGAGUCAAUGAAAAAUGAAUAUGGAUUUAAUCCAGGGACUGAACAUUAUUUGGGGGUUAUAGAUGUUCUCGGAAAGUCUGGCUAUAUUAAUGAAAUUCAGGAAUACAUUCAGAAACUGCCCUUCGAGCCUACAGUGGAUGUUUGGGGUGCAUUAAGGAAUUAUGCUCGGAUUCAUGGAGAUGUUGAUCUUGAAGACCGGGCUGAGGAGUUGAUGGUUGCUCUUGACCCAUCAAAGGCUGUUGCCAACAAGAUCCCAACUCCACCACCAAAGAAAUAUAGUUUAAUCAGCAUGCUUGAAGGGAAGAAUAGAAUAGUUGAGUUUAGGAAUCCGACUCUUUACAAGGAUGAUGAAAAACUCAAGGCAAUGAGUAAGGUGGUGAGCUAUGUGCCAGAUACUAGAUAUGUUCUUCAUGACAUUGAUCAGGAAGCCAAAGAGCAAGCCUUGCUAUAUCACAGUGAACGGUUGGCAAUUGCUUAUGGUCUUAUCAGCACUCCUGCAAGAACGCCCUUGAGAAUCAUCAAAAACCUCCGUGUAUGUGGUGAUUGUCACAAUGCGAUCAAAAUCAUGUCCAGGAUUGUUGGGAGGGAAUUGAUUGUUAGGGAUAACAAAAGAUUUCAUCAUUUCAAGGACGGAAGUUGCUCUUGUGGGGAUUACUGGUGAUAUCAAGACUUUGGAAGCUUACCAUACGUAUUAAGUAAAACUAGUUCUCUUUUAGGAAUUUUGAUGUAUAAACUGCCAAAACUUUCGAAUCAUAUCUGCUAAGUGAACACCAGCAACACCAGGAUAUCUUAUGGUAGAAUAUGAACUGUUUGCUGCUUCAUUUGUGUAUGGUCUUUCUUAUGCUCAAUUAAUCAUUUGUUAGGAGAUGACCAAUGAUUCACCAUUGA